AUGAGGGGUGGGCGCGGCCGGAGAGGUCCCUACUGCGCAGGGGCCAUAUUUAUUGCUUUAAGCUCAAGUCGCAUCCUAUUGGUAAAAUAUUCAGCCAAUGAAGAAAACAAAUAUGAUUAUCUUCCAACUACUGUGAAUGUGUGCUCAGAACUAGUGAAGUUGGUUUUCUGUGUGCUUGUGUCAUUCUGGGUUAUAAAGAAAGAAAGUCAUCAGAGUAGAAACUUGAAAUGUGCUUCCUGGAAGGAAUUUUUUAAUUUUAUGAAGUGGUCCAUUCCAGCCUUUCUUUAUUUCCUGGAUAAUUUGAUUGUCUUCUAUGUCCUUUCCUAUCUUCAACCUGCCAUGGCUGUUAUCUUCUCGAAUUUUAGCAUUAUAACAACGGCUCUUCUAUUCAGGAUAGUAUUGAAGAGACAUCUAAACUGGAUACAGUGGGCUUCCCUCCUCAUUCUAUUUUUGUGUAUUGUGGCCCUCACUGCUGGGACCAAAACAUCGCAGCAUAACCUAGCAGGACAUGGAUUUCACCACGACGCCUUUUUCAGCCCAUCCAAUUCCUGCCUUGUUUUCAGAAGUGAGUGUCUCAGAAAAGAAAAUUGCACAGCGAAAGAGUGGACUUUUUCUGACUCUAAGUGGAAUGCCACAGUCAGGGUUUUCAGUCACUUUCGUCUCGGCUUAGGUCAUGUCCUUAUCAUCGUCCAGUGUUUUACUUCUUCAAUGGCCAAUAUCUAUAGUGAAAAGAUACUGAAGGAGGGGAAGCAGCUCACUGAAAACAUCUUCAUACAGAACAGCAAACUCUAUUUCUUUGGCAUUCUUUUUAAUGGGCUGACCCUGGGCCUUCAGAGCAGUAACCGUGAUCAGAUUAAGAACUGUGGGUUUUUCUAUGGCCACAAUGCAUUUUCAAUAGCCCUUAUUUUUAUAACUGCAUUCCAGGGCCUCUCGGUGGCUUUUAUUCUGAAGUUUUUGGAUAACAUGUUCCAUGUGUUGAUGGCCCAGGUCACCACCGUCAUUAUCACAACAGUGUCUGUCCUGGUCUUUGACUUCAAGCCCUCUUUGGAGUUUUUCUUAGAAGCCCCAUCAGCACUUCUGGCGGUAUUUAUUUAUAAUGCCAGCAAGUCCCAAGAUAUGGACUAUCGACCUAGGCAAGAAAGAUUCCGAGAUCUAAGUGGCCAUCUUUGGGAGCGCUCCAGUGGGGAUGGAGAAGAAUUGGAAAGACUUACCAAACCCAAGAAUGCCAUUGAGUCAGAUGAAGAUACUUUCUAA